CUACCUUGACCGGCGGUCGGGAAGCUCUCAGCUUUUAUCUGCAGACCGGGCGGGAGGGAUCCGGCUCCCUGCGGUCUUCCCAGACCGGAGCGCUGUGCCCGGUGGUGGCGGUGGCGGCGGCUCUCAGCCGAGUUCUGCCUCCGCGUCCGCGCCAGCCCGGAGCCUCCGGGGGCCGACGGUCAGUCCCGGCGCGGCGAGAGGAUGGUCAUCCGCGUGUUCAUCGCCUCCUCCUCGGGCUUCGUGGCGAUAAAGAAGAAGCAGCAGGAUGUGGUUAGAUUUCUGGAAGCCAACAAGAUAGAGUUUGAGGAGGUGGACAUCACGAUGUCAGAAGAGCAGAGGCAGUGGAUGUACAAGAACAUUCCCCCGGAGAAGAAGCCUGCUCAGGGCAACCCUCUGCCACCUCAGAUAUUUAACGGUGACCGGUACUGUGGAGAUUAUGACAGUUUCUUUGAAUCCAAGGAAAGCAACACAGUCUUUUCAUUUUUAGGCCUGAAAUCACAGUUGGCAUCAAAGGCAGAACCUUAGCGAAGACAAGCGGAAGAGGACGGAGAUGCAUUUUGGAGCGCCCCUGGUACUCAGCACACACCUGCUUACCUAAUGCAUCACUGUGACAGAAGCCACAUGCAUUAUCAGUAACUUUGCUUGCCAUGGAAAAGGUGUUUUGGGAAGACAUGGGUCUAAUGGGAUCGCAUGAGUGCUUUAAACCAAAUCAGGACCGUGGUGGGUUUUUUCCUUGUUUUCAGAAUUGCCUGCAGUUGCCUCACUCACCCGGAGGUACUGUCACCUGUUACAGGUGUGCCUCCUGAAUAACUGAGUGAUAAGCAGGUGGCACCAUCAGAGAGAAAAUACUGGAUCUGCCCUGGGUUGUAGUUGAUGCCAGGAUUGCUCAGACCUGCUUCUCUUCAGGCUGCCUAGGUGGUGUCCUUGAAAUUAGUCUACCAGGCUAUUAGAAUAUUUUGAUGAGAAAGAAAAAAAGCAAUGUUGGUUGACAAAGGGCUAAAGAUCUUUGCUGCAGAUUCACAAGCAUCACUAUUCCAGUGCUUUGUCAUAACUGAAGAAAAAAUUAGAUGUUCCAGCCUCCUUUUGGUAAUGGAAAUUCUUACCCCCAUAAAUCCUCCAAGCCCCUACAGAUGUUUCCAGAAAACACUGUGGCAACAAUGUGUGAUCAGAACCAAGCGACAGGGAUGAAAAGAAUUGCUAUUUUGAAAAACACGUGCUUCUUUAUCUCUUACAAAGGAAAAGUUUCACUUAAUGUGUAAGAUGACUUAAAAGAUAUAUUUAAAGAGGUGCACUGAUAGUUAAUUUAUAGGGACAUUAUCUGACUCGUACCUGAAGGCAUUUCAGCUCUAGCAACUUAUCAUGCGUAAGUGCACAUAUAUUUUUAAACGCAGCUCCCCUAACGAAUAGCUGCUUAUAUAUUUUGCAAAGGGAUUAUAUUUUUCGAGAAAGGAAGAUCUCGGUUAGAUGUGUUUUGUGAACCCUUGAUGAGGCAUAUUAAGAGAUACUAAUAUUGCUGCACACUUUAAAUUUUUUUCCUGUGUUACUUUUCAUUGGUCCUCUGACUCUUCCAGCUCGUAUUUCUGGCCAAUGCACAGUUCCGGAUUUUCAGAGUAACAUAGAUACAUGUUCUCAUUCCAUAUAUGAAGAUCAGUGAUUUUUCAGAACAGAGUACAUACAAGAAAGGGGCUGUCAGAGACUCACUCUGAAUUGUACUUGGCAUGUGAAAUCUCUCCUUCCUUUGGAGUGGAUGCUGACAAACACGGAACCUGUCUACUUCAUUAGGGCAAAGGCUCCUUUUCUGUAUCCUUGUCCCUGCUCAUGUUUUUUUAGAGUUUUUAGUUGCCACACCUGGGAAUAGUCUUGAAUACAAUAAAUUCAGAGGGCUGCCUAAGAUAUUCUGCUAUUCUCAGUGUCCUGAUGGACCUGAGACCUGCCCUUUAGAUUCUGAGCAGGAAGUUUGUAAGAAAUGGAAAGAACAGAAGAAUUUAGACCCUGUCACCUGUGUUCUCUCUCCCUCUAACUUGCUAAAUGUGGACUAUUCUAAAGAACUUGUUGAAUGCUAAAGCUGACAUCCCAGCCUGAGAUUUGCGUCCCAGGACUACAAACAGAAGAAAAGCAGGCCACUGAUUCCUACAUGACUGGAACAGAUACAUAAUCCACAAUUUUCUCUGCAAGGAAAGCUGCUGUAAAAUCAUGGCUAUGACUGCUUAGUUGGCAUUAAAUACGAUCCAGGUCAAAUUCCACUUGAUAAUUCCCAGGGACUAUCCAGGAAAUUUUUUUGGAACUGGAUAUCGUGUUAAAGUCUAAGAAGACUUAGAAUUUCUUUUUAAGAUACAGCAAUUUUUAAAAAGUUAAUGUUGCAAUGGUCUAACUUAUAUUUUGUCUACUCUUGCCAGUGAGUACCAAGAAGCAACUUGGUAAGGCUGAGUCUUGGGGUUGUAGGAUCAAUAUAAUACCUGCUAGACCAAGAAAGCUACUCAGAAUUGUUUGUCUCAAAACUUCUGAAUUACUCUGGUUGUAGCAGGCCCAGUAUGGUUGUCCUAAACAGAAUAGAUGAAUAGGAGUGCUAAAUUAUUUACCACAGUUACAGAUCAUCUACCCCACCCCACAUUUUUUUUUUUUUUUUUUUUGGAGCAGCAAAGAAAUAGAGACCAGCUUCACCUGGUAUUGUACUUGUUAUGAGCGAGCUAGAAACACACUGUGUGGCAUUUCUCUCAGUACCCAGGCUCUGCAGAGUCCUAAGGUAUUGCCCUCUGGGACCACACCGUGUUCAGAGAAUACUGUGUCCUUACUUGUGUUUUACCAGCUGAAUUCCAAACCUGUAAUGGUUUUCUUCAUCCCUUCUUUAACUAGCUGCCUUUAGAUCUGGAUAAUCACAGUCUUAAAAAUCUAGGAAAGAAGUGGAUAGGAGUUGCAGACAUAGAUGUAAUAUCAAAAGCAUUUUAAGACAGAAUUUUUAUUUCCUAUAGUAGGCUUGUUGGGGCAAAGAAAAUGUGCUGCUAAAAAUCAAUUUAUGCCAUUUUAAAAUGAGAUAAAAUACAGAGUGCCAUCCUGCUAGGUAUAUGCAGACCAGAAGAAAAUUUAGUUGGGGAAGUACUUGUUUUUCCAGAUUCCUGGUAUUCUAGUAAAAUCAAAGAGGAGAAAAGGAAGAUUUUUUUUCUCUCAGGCUCUAAUAUAUUUUAGAUUUGUUUCUGUUUUAUAGAUUUAUUCAACACUCCCACAUAGAUGUUUUUAUAUUACAUGAAUUUAAUAAUGAACUAAACUUAUUUUUGUCCUUUGUUGUUGAAAGAUACCAAAGCCUCUUUCUGGUUUGUGUUGUUUUGUUUUUUAAUUUGAUUUUGCUGUAUAGGGUUUUGCUUUUUCUAGAAAUGCUUAUUACAUCUUUUCUAAAGUGUCAGAGCCCACUUUGAUCUGCAAAAUUAUUGUGUUUAGAUUUCAGUUUGUAUGCAUUUGUCUCUAAAGGCAUUGGUGAAACCUCAGAUUUUAUAUUCAGCAUUAAAGAGGAAUAAAUUCCAGAAAACACAUGUUCUGAA